AUGGCCACCAUGCGUGCAGUCGACAUCAGAGGCGAGACAGGACCCGUCUCGGCCUUAUUCAUCAAUUCCGAAACAGCCAUCCCCAAGCCCACGCACGAUCAGGCCCUGGUGAGAAUCAAAGCCUUUGGUCUCAACCGCAUGGACCUCCUCCAGCGUGAGGGCAAGUAUCCGGUACCCCCUAAAGCUCCCAAGACCAUGGGCGUCGAGUUCUCAGGCAUCAUUGACUCGUUCGGUUCUUCCUCUUCCACUCUAGGCUUCCGCGUCGGAGACGAGGUCUUUGGUCUAGCUUAUGGCGGCGCAUACGCCGAGUAUAUCGCCGUUAGCACGUCUAUGCUCAUUCACAAACCCAAAGAACUCAGCUGGGAACAGGCUGCCGGGGUUCCUGAGACCUGGAUUACUGCCAUCCAAGCGCUCUACCUGGUCGGUGAAUAUCAAACAGGCCAGAGCGUCAUCUGGCAUGCUGGGGCGAGUGGCGUUAGCAUUGCCGGAAUUCAACUGUCGAAGGCUGCCGGAGCGUCUGCUGUCUAUGUCACCGCGAGUACGCAAGCCAAGAUUCAAUUCUGCAAGUCCAUCGGCGCGACGGAGGGGUUUAAUUAUAAAGAUGGCGACUGGGCGGACGCAUUGCUUAGCUACACCGGUGGGAAGGGCGCAGACCUGAUCGUGGAUUUUGUCGGUGCGGACUAUUUCAAGAAGAACUUGAAAGCGGCGGCAAGAGAUGCCCACAUAGUCAACUUGGGUUGGCUGAGCGGCACAGUAGUAAAGGGUGAUAUCGAUAUCAGCCCCUUUCUAGGGAAGAGAUUGAGGUUCGAGGGGAGCAGUUUACGGAGUCGCGAUGAGGAAUACCAAAAGAAACUGCGGGACUUGCUGGUCGAGCAUGCGUUGCCCAGACUUGUGGACGGGAGGUUCAAAAUCUUCAUCGAAAAGGUCUUUGAGAUGGAGGACAUCCAAAAGGCGCAUGAGGUGUUGGAGUCAAACCAGACCAUGGGCAAACUCAUAUGUAGAGUGCAUUGA